GGUGCUCAGUCAUCGUCAUAGAAUAGAAUAGAAUAGAAGAAAUUGGGAAAACGAAACCCUAGUGCUCGAUCCGUGGAGGGAUUCGAUUUUAGGCUAUGGCUAGAGGAGAAGAAAGUAGCGGCACAAGGAAAUCCAAGGCGGAAGAGGCUCUUCCAAUCCCCAAGGAGAAUAAACGAUUACGAUUACUAGAAGAACAAGAACUACAACAAGAAGAAAAAGAUUGGCAUCGUCCAAGGGCAGGACCUCUUCGUAAGCAGGAGCUGUUAGAUUUUGCAAGAUGGUUCAUUGCGGGAGCUGCUUGUCAAAAUUUAGACAUAGUGAAAAUUUUUGCUGAAAAGGAUCCACCGAUGUCUACUAACAAUGAAAUGUUAAACAAUGAUAUUAAGCUUUUCAAGGAUGGUAAGCUUACUCCAAAAUCGCUUAUGAUAGAAAUGGCACAGAAGGAGUUUCCUGAAUGUUUGCUGGACUUUGAAGAUUAUAAUCCGGAUAAACCAUAUCCCAGGCCUCAACAUAGUCUAUUUUUCCCCCCCUCUGAUGAUGAAGAAGAGGAUGAAGACCCUUGUGAAUUGUUCUUCUGACAACGCUAUACCGAAGUGGACGAAAGACUAUGUGAUGGGAGAGGAAAGGCCCCAAUCUAUUAAAGAACCGAAACUUGGCGUUACAGAUUUUGUCCAUGGUGCAGAUGGACUUGGCAACCAAAAUUUUCCUCCACCAAAUGGGAAAGUCAUUGAAGAAUCAGCUGCUGAUUUUAUGGUUAACGAGGCAAAAGCUAACCCCGGAAAAGUCACUGUGGUGGCAUUAGGCCCUCUUACAAAUAUUGCUUUGGCUAUACAGAUGGAUCCGGAGUUCGCAAAGAACAUAGGGCAGAUUGUUCUGCUUGGUGGAUCUUUUGCAGUAAAUGGCAAUGCAAAUCCAGCUGCUGAAGCAAAUAUAUAUGGUGAUCCAGAGGCUGCAGAUGUCGUAUUCACAAGUGGCGCAGAUGUACUAGCAGUUGGAAUAAAUAUUACUCACCAAGUCGUAUUGUCAGGUUAUGAUCGAGAAAAGUUGGCAAGUUCAAAAGGAAAAUUUGCUCAAUACUUGACCGGAAUCUUAGAGGUGUAUUUCUCUUACCGUCGUGACACAUACAACACCAACGGAGUUUACCUUCACGACCCAACAGUGUUGCUUGCAGCCAUUGAUCCUUCACUUGUAACAUGCACGGAGGGCGCUGUUAGAGUCCAAACCAGUGGCAUUACAAGGGGACUUACAAUACUCCAUAAUAAACAGAAAAGGUAUGAUGAAAUAACUGAAUGGUCCAAUAUGCCAUUAGUAAAAGUAGCUGUGACAGUGGAUGCUCCUAGAGAUGUGAAAUUGGUUAUGGAUCGUCUUUUACACAAUUAUAUUGUUGGUAUAUAAUAUUAUGCAUAAUGUAUAAAUGAGAUAAAUCAUAUAAUUUACACAUAUGAAUCUAAUUCAAUAAAAUUCAUCUUAUAUGCUGUUCCAUAUAUAC